AUGGCAAUUCCGUGUUUGAACCCUGAAGUUUUGGGAAUCCUUCUCAACCACGUCGUUUUUCCAGAGCAGCUACCUUCAAGCCGCGAAGGCGAUACGCGCUCCCUCGAAAGAAAUCUUGUUGAUGGCUUAAUCAAGGCUGCCGAGGCUCUUGUUCCCACCGCUUCAGAUACUGACCGAGCGAUAUGGGAAGAUGUUCGGAAAACACUUUGUGUCGCCAGAAAGUUGAAUAACGAUACUGAUUCGGAGGGUCUCGAGAAAAAUUCCAUCUCAAACUCCUUCCGCCAGCUUGCGUCGAACGAGUCUUUGAUUCUGCACGUAAAGGAGCAGAACGCCGGCCUGCUCGUCAAAAAAACUGCCGAGUGCAUUGUCGAAUUCGAGGCCUUCGAGGCUUCUCCACAUUCAAGGGACGUUUUAGCAGCCGAGGGCGCGCUUCAGUGGCGGUUUCCCGGGGCCGCUGCAGCCAUUUCGUUGGACAUCUUCACGAACCCAUCCUUCCAAGAGAGCCUGGCCGGCUUUCUCGAACAAUGCAGCAGCGAAAGCUUCCCCGAAUUCGCCUCGCAUACUCACAAGGCCGGUGUAGAACUGGUGGAGACUCGGGAGCCAGCCAAUCCAGCGCUGAUAUCACAACUGCUCAUGACCAUCCUCGAAGCCCUCGGCCGCAAAACCAAACCCACUUUGCUGCACAAACGCAUUCGCGAUGAUGUGCUUUGGGGACCUGGAUCUGGACUUCCAUGGAGGCGGGCUCCUUACUGGCUCGUGCUCCGGGUAGGCCUUGUCAGGCACCUGGACGAGAAACUCGGACCCGAAGCCGGCCACGCGUGUUAUAAGCUCAUACUCUGCGUGAUGUUUGCUCAGCUGCUCUGCAAGUCUACUGACGUCGUCAGCAUAGAGCUGCUGCAUAAUCUCAAAGCGAAGCUUGCACGGCGCAUUGCGAAGCUGCAGAACGCCAGAAGGAGCUAUGAACCCAGAGCUGCAGGGAUCUACGACAGAACUCUACCACGCCUGGAGCCACUGUUCCAUGAGGCAUUCCAAAGCGCUACAGAAUGCAUCAACAGGACCUGGCGCGUGACCAGGGCCGCCGCCCUACGCCGCAUACAUCGUCUUCCACUUCGGGCUGACCCUGAUAGCUUGCGUUUGACUCUUCCUAACAGCGGCCCAAUUUUGAAAUCUAUCCUUGCCAAUCGGCCUUCAUCCAACAAAGCGCGCGGUCCUAGCGCGUCACCUGGCUGGUAUGGUGGUUCCUCUACAACAAAAGCGAUCGUCACUUGCUAUUCGCAGUUGAAACACAUUGAGCAAGAAGUGGAAAAUGGCGCAUUCGCAACCCGUGCAGAUGGGAUGGCCAGCCGGGAGGCAUGUGUGAGCAUAUCAAACGCCAUCGGCCGCUAUCUCAGCCAGGCCGGGUCCGCUUACGAUGGCCUGCCAGAGCUGCAAAGCAUCAAGAUCCUGACCGUCAUGGACAUGUGGAUGGUACUGGAUAAGCGCGCAACGGGGUCAAUACGUCUACUUCUAGACUACGGUCCCGUUGUAUCGUCCAGAGCGCUUGAUGUCCUCCAAUUGCCUGAGAGGCAUGCCAUGUACCGUCUGCGGGCCAUACAAGACUACUUGCAGGCCCGGGAGAGGCAAGCAAGCUCCAAUGCUCGUACCAUCUUCGACAAUCCACACACUGGCAGUUUCGCCGUCCGUUACUACAACGAAUGCGACCAAACCGGAAAGAUGGCCAAUCUCCGUCGGAGAAUCGAGGAGAAAUCAGAGAGCGCGCGAAUCCAGACCAUUGAAGAAUGGAUAAAACUCGGCAAGACGUACGAGGAACUGUCCCUGCAGCUUGCACAAAGUUUGUGCACAUGCGAGACCGGAAAAAAGCGCUCGAAAAACUGCCCGACAUGCAAAAUAAGGCGGCAGAGAAAGAAAAUCAAGGUCAAGAUCCACGAGGACUUCCUGCCAGAGGACCAGGCGCAAACAAAGACAAUCAUAUUCGAGCUCCAGUGUCCUCCGCUAUUUGCAGCGUACCGCAACGCUGCCUGGAACAUUCUCAACAAUGUCGGAUACCCGAGCUUGCCGGCGCCAUCCGAGAAGACCUAUGACAUACGAGAGUAUAAAAGCCUGGCGCCUUUUCGAACGGCAUCGUCUGGGAGCAUCACUCUGGCGUCCAAAAUCAAGUCACACCUGAAAUCACACUACAAAUUUUCGAGUGUACCAGCGACAAUCGAAGGGGUUCUCCGCCCACACGGGAUGACGUACAGCUAUUCAGACGCGACGACGAGAGUCUGGUGCUCUCAAGACAUCGGUCCCUCGUUUGCACACUUGUGCCAGUGGACAAUACCUCAGAGCUCACCCCUGGCGCAGCUGAAGACGAUGACUGGCCUCUCCGUCGAGAGCGAAGGCCCGUCCUCAAACGAGAUCCUGGCUAGCCAGUCACAAUGCCCUCACGGGGUCAGCGUACACGAGUUCACAGCCGUCCAGAGCUUGUUCACGGGCAGAAGCUGCAGGUGGCCGUCGAUCCUGGUCGAGCUCGGGUCAUCGAACCUCAACUUCAGCAGCGAGACAAUCUCGCUGAUAGUGGCCCAGCUGGCAGUACAGGCGGGGCCCGGAAAACCAGGCGAUGCGUUGCGCACGACACAUGGCGUCUUCCGCGAACAAAGCUUCUGCGCGCGGCUGGUGGACCAGAUCGGCCGCCGGCUGGACCUCAUAGCCGUGAACUGGCGUGAGGCGCACAUGAUGGACAUGCUCAUCGUGCUCCUGCUGCGCCUCGCGUCCCUCGCAGAUGCACCGGCCAGCACGGGCGUCUUUCGUCUUCUUGAAAAGGCUCAGAGCAUAACGCAUCAAUGGAUGAAAAGACUGCGGACCGAGCUGCAUCAAGCGACCACGUCUGAGGUUUCGCAAAAGCUGUCCAGACAGAUGCUGUGGGCAGCACUGCUCUGCAGAAGAGCGUGCACCGCGUUCUUUGACCAAGCAACGGCACCGCGCGAGCUGCAACCCCAGGCCCUGCAGUCCGUAAUCGAGGCAUCGAUGGCGGUGCACGAGAACUUUUGCAGCGACCUCGCUUCACUUCCCGACUCAUUGAGGCUCGCUCUGCUGCGAGAUAUCCGAGCGAGUGGCCGAAUGGGCAGACUGGUGCAGUCGUGUAUCGAGCGCAGCCCCGGCAGCUUGACAGCCGCCAUAGACAGCGUCUGGCCGUCUGCAGAAGGCAGCGAGACAAGGCAGUACUCUCAGCCCGAGUUCAUCAAAUCAUCACCGGGGCAACUGGUCAUGUUAAAGGUUGAUUGGCAGGGUGCAGCACAUCGGCAGAUCUUGCACUACGACGUGGUCAGCGGUGGCCUCUGGAUCGAUUACAAGCCCCUGAGCCAGCUCCCCACCGAAUAUCGCGACAACUGGAUGAUGAAAGAGCUGUUUGGGAGCCAGCACCUUUUAACGUAUCCCUCCUACAUGCCGGGCAUGGAAUACAUGCUGAACUUCACUCUCGGGGGCCACCAAAUCCACUUUGGGACGCGCGAGAAGCGCCUCAUCAUCCGCGCUCGCUACCGUGGUCAUACCCUGGAGUUUCUCCCCCGAGCCGUGUUUGGCAGCCUUGAGAAGCCGGAUCUUCCAGCUUCACUGGUGGAAAAUUGCAUUCAUUGGUUCGAUGUAGACACGGGCGUUGUUGAAGCUCGACAGAUGCCUGACAUUUGGGUUCAAAAAGAGAGCAACUGGAUCAUCGACGUAACAUCUCGUUUGGCCCGCCGGCGAAAUGUUUUCCUGGUAGACCCCAGCAGCACACUGUUCAAUCACGUAGCCAGCAUCUUCCACGGAUUCGAGCACCGCGCUCGCUUGACCGUUUUUCAGCCAGAGAGCAAGGACGGAGGUCUAUCGGUAGAGCUUCGUCGCCUCGACUUGAGCUUCGUGGUCAAAGAAAAAGGCCUGCUGCAUUGCCGCGAGCUCCAUGCCGACCUCGACCCGGACCAGGACGCGGGCACGUGGUACGGCUUCGACUCCAAGAUCGUGCUCCGGGACAGCCAAAACCCACAGCGGCGCAGCAUCCUCGUUCCUCUGGGCCCGCUUUCGUGGAAGCGUCGCGGGACGCACGUCGCGGUGCACGCAGAGAACGGCGGGACGUACGGCAUCUUUACCAUCAACACCGUCCUGGGGCGGCUGGACUGCCCAGCCGAAGCGCGCUUGCUGCUUUUCAAAGCGCUGCUGCACGCGUACACGGCGUCGAUUGCGUUGGAUCCGCUCACGCGGCGCAGCGGGACCGAAGAGGCGCUGCACUGUCUACACUCUGCCCAAAACCAACCGUGGAUGCCGUUGAAUCCGGCCUUCGAGCAGUAUCUCAGUCUGCUAGCGGGCCUGGCGCCGAAGAGGGUGUACUACCCGCCGGGAAAGAAGGUGAUGCAGCAGGUCUUCUGGGACGACCGGCUGCCUCCCACCACGCAGCACGAAUCAUUUCAUGCAGCUAUUGCGGCAAUCUAUCAGAAGUCGAUGCAGCUGUCGGCUUUUUCGCCUGCAGAGUCCGUGACCAUGUCGCUGGAGGACAGGGGCGAUGCCCAUCUUCGGAAGCGUAGCAGCGCCCGACGAAGCAAUUUUUGGCGCAGAGAUCUGAACUGCGUCCAUCCAGAGACGUGCUGCGAUGCGACGUACCAGUCGCGUGAUUGCCAGACGCAGAGCGACCGCCGCGCCAGGGUCUGGGAAUGCACCACGCUCAUCGAUACUUGGAGCGCGCAAUUUUCCGCCAGGCCCCACCUCGCCCGCCUGCUGCGUGGCUGGCCGGUCAUUCACGCCCGUGGGGAACCUGCCGUGGGGCUGUUGCUGAGCAACUUGCUCGGCGCUGAGGCGGCAAUGGAGUGGGGCUCCUGGCUGAGCAUCUGCAGCAGUGCUCGCGUCGCGGACAAGUAUCUGCUCUGCUUCGUGUUGGGCGCCCUUGCCUUCCGCAAAGCUCACGACAUGGAUCUCGUCAGGACUCUCAUUGCCUUUGCGGUCCUGGAUGAUCUCAAAGCCCUCGAGCUCCCUGCAUGGCCGUUGUAUACCGGCUUUGAGUUUCGCCAGACGCCAACCCCGAGCUACCUCUCACAGCUCAUGGCUCCGUUUUGCACGCCCUGCCCAGGAAGCAGCACUGCUGAGAAAGAAAGGAUCACUUCCAACUGCCAUCAGGUAGCCACCAUCUUUGCUUCACAGUGGCCAUGCCACUCACCAGGGCUAGACGAGAUUCCAGAAGAGGCAUCAUCUUUCAUGAAUUUUCCUGGUGCUAUCGAUGCUGUUAUGAGUGACUGGGUGCGUUUGAAACGCAACUUCGAGCUGUCUGAAUGGGUUUCCCGCGUCCAGAGUGUCCUCAACCGCCUCAACAUUGGAGCACGUGGAUAUGCCCUGGACACUGUAUCUGAUGACUGCAAAGUCACUCCUCAUGGCCAUCGUAAGAGCAUUGUGCCGCAUCUUGAGGAUCUUCUGAGGGAAUCGUGUGUCCUUCCAGAACCAGCAGUAGAUGGAGUCUACGACAAGCAAAGGUUGAGAAUAGCUACUCACGAGAAAGGCAUAGGAGGACGGACGACCACGUCUGAUAAACUUCGGGAGCAUCGUCCCCUCUCACCCGAGUUGCGGGAGUUGAGGUCCAUCAUAGCCUCAAUGAUUUCAACAGAGUCAGAAGUCCGAUCCCAGUACGCAAAGGAUCUCAACCAAAGUCUACAGGCGCUCGAGGCUGCCCGCAGAGAUACCGACACGCAGGGAAUUGCCCAAACGCCAUCAGGCCGCACGACCAUCUCAUCGGUGGAUGCUUGCAACGCUGCUUCGGCUCGGCUUGAGCAGAUUUCCCAGGCUCUUGAGGCCGGAAAAAACCAUGCUGUGUGGCUAAAGUAUGGAGGGUUGUGGCCAUGCAUCAGCCCUGUGACGGUUCUGGAAAGGCUCCGAACUACUGCCAAAGUUCAGUUUGGAACUGGUAUGAGAGACACUCUGAUCCAGUAUGGCCAGUCCAUCACGAAAUUGCAGCAGCACCUCAGGAUUGACGAUGCACUGAUGCGAGGAAGGAAAAAGGCCAUGGCUGAGGAGCUCGGAGAUCUAGGCCACGCAAACUGGAGCCCUGCUGAAUAUCCAGACUGGCUGCUUCUAGAGAUCGAGGGUAAUCUUCUUAUCAGGUCCCACCAAGUCGAUGUGGCGCUUUCAACCAUAUCGCCGCAUUCUGGCAGCAAUUCCGUGUUGCAAAUGAAUAUGGGCCAAGGGAAAACAUCGUGCAUCAUACCAAUGGUAGCCGUGGCCCUAGCUGAUCAAAAGCAGCUCGUGCGUAUCGUUAUUCCAAGAGCACUGCUUGCACAGACGGCGCAGGUCUUGCAGGCACGGUUAGGCAACCUACUCGGCCGUGAGGUGAGAAGCGUUCCUUUCUCCCGCCGAACACCGACCACACUCGAUUCGAUCAACACAUUUACUAGAAUCCACCAAGAAAUCAUGUCUAGUUGUGGGGUCAUUAUCACGCUGCCUGAGAACAUCCUGUCGUUCAAGCUGAGCGGCACGCAGAGGCUCUUGGACGGCAGAAUUGAGGAAGCGAGCUGCAUGCUCAAGGCGCAGAAGUGGAUGGAGAGAGCAAGCCGCGACGUUCUCGAUGAAUGUGAUUUCACCCUAUCCACUAGGACCCAGCUGAUAUAUCCCUCCGGACCCCAGGAGAGCUUGGACGGCCAACCAUCCCGGUGGCUGACGGCGGAAAUGUUGCUUGAGCUAGUCCACAGCCAUCUGGAGACAUUGAAGCAUGACUUUCCCCACAGCGUUAGAGUCAUUAAGAGAGAAUGCGGCGGGUUCCCUUGGGUCUACUUCCUGCGCUCUGAUGCCGAAAACGCCUUGGUGUCGCGGCUGGUGAACCAGUUGGCACUCGGAAAAACCAGGAUUCUCACCCUCGAGCGAAUCUCCAAAAAGGACUAUAAAGCCUUGAAACGCUUUAUCAGAGACAUCGAAGUCCACGUUGACGAUGAACGGCGCCUAGAAGCACUUUUCAAGGAUAGAAGCGCCUCGAGGAAGACCAUAUACCUACUCAGGGGGCUGUUGGCCCAUGGAAUCCUCAUUCUGACCUUGAAAAAGAAGUGGAACGUACAAUACGGCCUACACCCCAUGCGCGAUCCAGUAGCUGUUCCGUACCACGCGAAGGGAGUUCCAUCAGAUCAGGCGGAAUGGGGCCACCCUGAUGUGUGUAUCCUACUCACCUGCCUCUCAUUCUACUUCGCAGGACUCAAUGUCUCGCAGCUUCAAAAAUGCGUCCUUCAAGUCCUUCAAUCCGACGACCCGGCUAGUGAGUAUGGUCGCUGGGUUGGAAGUUCCCAGUCCUUGCCCGUCCAGCUACAGGAAUGGAAUGUGAUAAAUGUGGAUGAUGAAUUGCAGCUCCAGGAUCUCUGGAAGCAUCUACGGUACAACGUUAUCGUCAUCGAUUUGUUCCUGAACCACUUCGUCUUUCCCGUCCAUGCCAGGCAUUUCCAGGCUCAAAUUGGUGCCUCAGGCUGGGAUAUACCACUGUACCAGCCGCAGAAGCCCCAGAGCUCAAAGCAGACUGAUUGCUGGCGUACUCCGUUGACGACCGGAUUCAGUGGAACAAACGAUAAUCGAUACCUGUUGCCGCUGACGAUUGAACAGCACGAUCUUGGCAGCCUCGCCCACACGAACGCUGACGUGCUGACGUACCUGCUGCAGCCCCGGAAUCGCGGAUACAUUCUUGCAGCCAAACAUGGACAGCGCCUCUCAGAGGAGAUGUUGCUUUGGAAGGCCAAGGAGCUGGGAAUCCGUGUGCUCAUUGACGCUGGCGCACAGAUCUUGGAGAUGGACAAUUUCACCUUGGUCAAGAACUGGAUGCGCGUGGACACGAAAGCCAAGGCCGGCUUAUACUUCAACGCAGACAACAAGCCCUUCAUCGUAUAUCGGAGCGGCACACAAGUUCCUCUUCUAGCCUCUUCAUUUGCCAACGACCUCCGCGAAUGCGUAGUGUAUCUCGACGAAGCACAUACUCGUGGGACUGACCUCAAGUUACCUUCAGACGCCAGGGGCGCCUUAACACUAGGGCUAGCACAGACGAAGGACCACACCGUUCAAGCUGCGAUGAGGUUGAGGCAGCUGGCCACGACACAAUCCGUCGUCUUCUUCGCACCGCCAGAGGUGCACCAGAGCAUCCUUGACCAUUGUGGCAAGAGAAGUACCGGUCAUAUUGACUCGCGGGCUGUGGUCGAGUGGCUGCUCGAGCAAACGUGUCGAGGAAUAGAGCAGCUCCAGCCGCUCUAUCGCUCUCAAGGAAUCGACUUUUGUUGCCGCUCUGAGAUCGGCAUCAGAUUCCCGAAUCACAUAGGCAACAAAAACCACCGAGACUCCUUCGUCCGUGAGAUUCGGCAGGUCUGCGACCAUACACUUCAGAAGAUGUACCAGCCGAGACGGUGGGAAACAACGCCCCAGGUUCUGGAGCAACCGUCUCCCGCAUUGACUGCCUUUCUUGCAAAACUUGGGAACCAGACUUACGAUUCCGACUCGCCAAGCAGCACAGCCUUCCAAGAAGUCGAACAGGAGAGAGAGGUGGCUCACGAAGUUGAAGCAAUUCGGAAGACCCAAAAGCCGAUCCUAUACGAGGCACUGCCGUAUCGUGGUCUCCACGAGGACAUAGUCCUCUUCGAGAGGACUGGAAGACCAAAACACGAGUCGGACGGGUACGGAACCGUUUCGCUUGCCAUUCGGCACACACAGACGGGUAAAAAGUAUGAAGCUGCCGCUGCGAUGUUCGACCACCGACUUUUUGCCUCCACGGAGGUCUUCCGGACGGUGAAGUUGGAAAAACCGGACGAUGACUUCCUGCGACCUGUCACAUGGCUACUUUGGAGUACACAAGCACAAACGGCAUUGAUGGUAACUCCCGAGGAAGCCGAGGAUCUGAUCUCUAGGAAGCGUGGCGAUGAACACCCGCUGACGCAUCUGUUGGCAUACGCGGCUCCCGUAUCUCGCAAGAUGUCGUAUUUCAACAAGCUCGACUACUAUGCCGUUCCAGCCAUGCCCGCAAGCUACACGAUGCCCCUGUGGCUUCCCAUUCAGCUCGGCUUGUUUGCAGGCCGUUUGUACUUCGAGUUUGACGAGCAUGACGCCAUUGCCACGUUUCUCCACGGCAACAACAUGUCGCAUGGCCGUGGGUCAGCACGUUGGCAGGCGACGGAACAGGGGCCGGUUGACCAGGAUUCAGCUCUCCCAUCGGUGGCAUCCAAUUGGCUGGUGUUUCUACAAGAGUGGGUUACCGCGCGGCGAAAAGGUCAAGAUUUCUCGCAGACCCCAAUGGGGGAGUAUGACUUCUCGUCACCGAUGGAUCCAGAUAGAGGAUUGGACGGAGGUAUUGCACAAGAAAUUGGCAACUCGGAUUCAAAAAGUUGCAACGGUGACGAAGGGGAGUAA